GAAAGUACAGAGUUCCCUUUUGCUCCUAUGCACCCCACCUCCUCCCUCUGUGGGUUCCCCGAUUGUUAACAUCUUGCAUCAGCGUGGGACAUUUGUUAUAGUUGAUGAACCAAUGUUGAUGCAUCAUUAUUGACUAAUGUCUGUGGUUUAUGUGGAGUGGGACUUAAAGAGAUUCAAAACACUUGAAAACAAAAACCAAGCUUGCUCUCAGUCAGCUCUGAGGCUCUUUGCUUUGGGGAACCUGACCUGUCCUUUCCUUUGGUAAACAAACGCAGGGCUUGCUUUUCCUGCUGAUGUCUUAGAGUAUGGAGAAAACAGUGCCCGUUUUCCUGCCCUGUGCUUGUGACCGGCAGCCUGCAGGUGGGUGCUGGGUUGCUGGGCCCUCAGGAGAGGGACCCUGACCAGGAAGCGCCCGGCCCUCGUGCCUUCUCUCCAGCUGGUUACCCAGAGGCCCUUCUGCAGAGUCAAAAGCAGGUUUGCAUCGGCCCCACCAUGACACCCACAGAAUUCACAAAUCUGAUCCCUAAUGAACCUGAUGAAUACAGCUAUGACUCCACAUCUUCCAUUGAUGAUUACAUUAACUUCAACUUCACUGACCUCUUCUGUGAGAAAAACAACGUCAGGAAGUUUGCAAGCCAUUUCCUCCCACCUUUGUACUGGCUCGUGUUCAUCGUGGGAGCUCUGGGGAACAGUCUGGUCAUCCUUGUCUACUGGUACUGCACGAGAGUGAAGACCAUGACUGACAUGUUUCUUUUGAAUUUGGCAAUUGCCGACCUUCUCUUUCUUGUCACUCUUCCUUUCUGGGCCAUCGCAGCUGCUGACCAGUGGAAAUUCCGGACCUUCAUGUGUAAAGUGGUCAACAGCAUGUACAAGAUGAACUUCUACAGCUGUGUGCUGCUGAUCAUGUGCAUCAGCGUGGACAGGUACAUCGCCAUUGCCCAGGCCAUGAAAGCGCAGAAUUGGAGGCAGAAAAGGCUUCUCUACAGCAAGAUGGUUUGCUUGACCAUCUGGGUGAUGGCAGCCACACUCUGCAUCCCAGAAAUCCUGUAUAGCCAAACCAAGAAAGAAGCUGACAUUACCAUCUGCACCAUGGUUUACCCAAGUGAUGACAGCACCAGACUAAAGUCAGCUGUCUUGACCCUGAAGGUCAUUCUGGGGUUCUUUCUUCCCCUUGUGGUCAUGGCUUGCUGCUACACCAUCAUCAUCCACACUCUGCUACAAGCCAAGAAGUCAUCCAAGCACAAGGCUCUCAAGGUGACCAUCACAGUCCUUACUGUCUUUGUCUUAUCCCAGCUCCCCUACAAUUGCAUCCUGUUGGUACAGACCAUCGAUGCCUACACCAUGUUUAUUUCCAACUGUGCCAUUUCCACCAACAUUGACAUCUGCUUCCAGGUCACUCAGACCAUUGCUUUUUUCCACAGCUGCCUGAAUCCCGUCCUCUACGUUUUUGUGGGUGAGAGGUUCCGCCGGGAUCUUGUGAAAACCCUGAGGAACUUGGGCUGCAUCAGCCAGGCUCAAUGGGUUUCAUUCACAAGGAGAGAGGGGAGCUUAAAGCUGUCAUCUAUGUUACUUGAGACCACCUCGGGAGCUCUCUCCCUCUGAGAGAUCUUCUCUUGGAGGUGGAUGGUCCUUUUGGAAGCAAUGAGAAAUUCGGAUACAGCUUCCACAGUGAUAGGACCAGAGGGAAACAGAAGAAGAAAAAGGAUGUGAGAGAAAUGAAAGGAUUCAAAAAGGGAUAAAUUUGAACAACAUUAUUACUCUGAGUCAAAAUUAAUGAAAUCAGGGUUUUCAAAACUGACUGACUAUCCCAGGAGUCUGUUCAUUGGCUCUUGGCUGCAAUACCUGCAAUUUUCAAGGAUGAGUGGACAGCACCACAGACCCCCAGGCUUUACCACUCUCCCAUGUGCAUCUGACCUCUACAGGAGGUGUUUGAUUUUCUCAGGGCACUGUGGAUUGCCGUGGCUUCAGUUCUGAUGCCAGCCCUUCCAAAAGGAACCACAAAAGCAUUAGCUACUGCUAUAUUCCACAAAUGCAGAAGAUUUCACAAAAACUUCCAUCUUUGGGGCAUUUCUACCCAGUGUUUGGGGUCUGAUACCCAUGGCAGUUCAUAAGAAUCAAAAUCCCAUAAGGAUUCUUGAUCCAGGGUCUCUCCAAACAACUUCAGAUAUAAUUUUCCUCUGGUCUACUUGGUAUGUUCUGGGCCAGUGAGGGUCCUUGUGCCUUCUUUGAAAUGAUCUUCAGGACUGGUUGGUGAGCUUCUGGGCAGCUGCCCACAUCACCAAGUCAUCCUGAUCCUGCUGGCUUCCAACCCAUUUCUGUGUCCUGCUGGAGCUUCUGUGAUUCCACCCCUAGACAUGAGGUUGAGCUAGGCAGCUUCAGUUUGUCCAUGGGUGUUCUAGAAGUGGUUCUCCCAGCCUGUUCAGGGAAACUAACAGCCUGGGCUGGUGGGAGCAAGCCCUGGCUCUGUUAUGGGCUCACUCUGUUGAGUUGCACUUGUUACUGGUCCCCUCUCUCUGUUCACCCAUAAAAUGUGUUGGUCCCAUUGCCUUCUUCUUCCUGAGGCUGCUGGAAGGAUAUCUGCCUCCAUUUGUCUUUUCCUUUUCUUGCUCUGUAAUGCUAACAUUUUAAAUGCUUUCAACUUAGCAUAAAAGUCAGUGAUGUAAUAUGAUUCACUUUUGCUUUUUGUCUCUCUUUUAACUAUUUGGCAAAUUUAUCACAUUUGAAAAAGUUUUGCAUAUUGGAAAAUUUCUUUUUAAUGGAUAUUUAAAAAUAUCCAUCAUUUGUCACUUUCUGCAUUCUGUCUCUAUAUUUUGAAUGUGUGCAAGUAAAGACUAAAUAGCCAUAUUGAGAGUAUAAAGAGCUAGAGGCUCCAAAUAUCUAAAAACCAUCUUGGCUAAGUAUGUUUUUCUCUCUCUUUUGGCCAGACUUGUUUCCCAAGUUUUUCCCAGUUGGUCAAGUGGCAUUCCUAAGGAGGACUGUUUGAGUAGCAUCACAAACCACCCCUGGCUUUGCCGCUUGCUCUAGAGGAGGCAUCUGAUUUUUCCAGUGUGCUGUGAAUUGCUGUGGGUUCAGUUCUAAUGCCAUCCCUUCCAAAAGGGGACACAAAAUCACUGCCAUAUUAUCCUUCUUCUUCCUGCCUACUGCUAAAGCACAAAUUAGAAAUAAAGUGAGAGAAAAAUGGGAAGCAACAAGAGAGGGGAAGGGAAUAAUACAGGUCCUAGCUAACCGGUCCACAUGCUGCCAGUGUGGGGGCAGUUGGUGAUUAAAUGAGCACUGGCCUGGGAACGGCACAUCAACAAGGGCUGCAGUACAACAAGCAUCACUUACAAGGUCAGUUUAUGGACAGCGCUAUCCACAUGACCACCAUUUCCAGGAGAAGAUGCACAUGCCUGCCCUUUUGAGGAACUUGGAAGAAAAAGCAACAAGCAUGGCCACACCUGAAUAAAACUGUGCAGUUGGGCGGAAAGAAGAUGACUGAUUUUGUUUUUUCAGUCUAUACCCUUUCAAUACUGUGGGUUGGAUACUCUAUGUCACAGGGGUCUCAGUAGAGCUGAGGUCAGGGAGAGGGGUGGAAAGAGGACGGAGUGAGCCAUGAUUAUCUUCGUUGCAUCUAUUUUCUGCCUAGAGUUACUUAAGGGACAUGAUGAUGGAGACUUAAUGGGAAUAAGAGUUUGGACAAUGUAGGUUAGUUGGAAAAAAUGCCAGGGACUCUACUUUUUUCCCUCUGAUUUAUAAGAAAGGAGAUGUGGGAACACAACAAGAACUAAGACUCCUGCAUUACACCCUAAUCAAUGUACAAUACUCACACAUAGUCCCAAUGGCUUCCUUUAAGGCCUGUUGUUAUUGGACCUUCCCAGUCCUAACACAGCUUCCGUUUAGCAUUAAAGGUAUGUUGCAACUGUAUUAUAUUUUAAAGAUUUAAAGUAUCCUUUGUUGACAAUGUGUCCUACUUUUUAAAUGAGUGCACAAAUAGGGCCAUUUUGCAUUCCAAUUAAACUAGGUUUCAGUAACAGGUUUUAUCCUAAGAUAAAAACUUUGUAAGAGUCAACAUGGGGAAACCCAAGAGGAAGUUGUGAUCCACUCAACACUUCUAGUAAAUAUGCCAUGUGAAUAAAUACUUUUAAAAAUAAUGAUAAAACAGGAAUUAUAAUGUAUAGUUACAUUUUACUAGAGCUCUAUAAAUCAGAAAAUAAUCAGUAAACAGAAUGUUUUCAUUUUAAAAAAAGAAGUUGGCUUUUUAAACAAAAAAUAUUUAAAUUAGAGUAAUUCUAAGCCAAUACAUCACCACAUCCAGGUUGGGAUUGUCGUGUUGUCAGCUUGGACUAUCAGACCUGCAGAAUAUUCAUUCUUUCAUUCAGUAAAUAUUUGUGUAUAUACUAUGAGCCAGUCCCUGUUCCACUCACUGAGGGUGUACUGGGGAAUCUGUUAGUCUUUUGCCUCAAGGCUCUUACAUUCCAACAAUAUGGAAAAGCCAAGAGCCUGUAGACCCCGUCAUGGAGGAUGCCAUGGGAGGCUCUGAUGGGGGAAGCACGUUGGGUGAGAAGCACCAGGCUGGUGUCCUCAUGUGGCUGAUAAACUGCUCUGCAGACAGUUUCCGGGACAAGGCCCACACCUGGCAGCCUCGUUAGAACAGGCAGGAGCCUCCCUGGGUGAGCAUUUGCACAAGUGGCUUUGUGUGUGUAGCUGUUCUAGUGUAUGUGUCUAACACACACACACACACACACCAUAUAAAUGCCUUGUGUGUAAUAGGCACAAUAUGUUGAAUUAAUAAGUUUGUUAAAAUUGGUUAACAAUUUCUCAAAUCUGUACUCCAUGUAUCAGAAUUCAGCUGCCAGAAAUAAAGAUUGCCAACCUUAGGCAAUGGGACAUUGUAUUAUCUUUUGAGUAAAAUGUCAUCCUGCACCUACAGGCAGCCUGAGGGGAACUGGACGUUAAGGAAGGGAUUGGCCAACCUGGAAAUGGACACCAGUGCUCCUUCCAGCUUUCCCAUGGCCUGGGGCAUUGCUAAGAUUGCUUCCUGCCACAAUUCCUGUGAAAGAGGUGUGUAGAUAUAAUUUCUUCCGUUUGCCUAUAGGGGUUCUUACAAAAAAUCUGUCACAAGGAGACAAGUGGCCCAUUUGCAGUGUGGUGGUUACGUAAAGGGUUUCCAUGAUGGUGUGGGCUUAAAUACACAACUAAGGCUGUAAUGAAGCAUUUAUAGGGUGAAAUCUUGGGGCACAUCCACAGGUUUUCUGCUUCAAUAAAUGAAAAGCUAUCUCAU